CAGCAGCAGCGGGGGGGCGGGGGCGGGGAAGGACGCGCAGCAGGAGGCGCUGCAGCAGCAGCAGCAGCAGCAGCAGCAGCGGCGCAGCAGCAGCCACAGCAGCAGACUCCGCCUCACCCCCGUGGAGCUGCUCACUUCGCCUCUAAGACAUGCUAAUGUGCUGGACUUGUGGGGCCCCAAAGAAGUGGCUCUCUUCGAAGCAGGAAUUUGCAAAUUCGGAAAAGAUUUCAAUUUGCUGCAGCGCCUCAUUCAAACCAAGUCCACCAAAGAAAUCGUCGACUUCUACUACCUCUGGAAACAAACCAACAGAUAUGACGCCUGGAAAACUCACAGAAGCCUUUCCAAAACCAUGCUCCACUCCGUCUUCGGGUAG